AUGGCGUCCAACGCGUCGACACAGGCAGGCAGCAAGAGGUGGACGUACUUUCAUUCUGCGCUGCAGCUCGCCAUACAGCGGUCUGCACAUAAAUGGACUUAUGAGGACUUCGCCGAGUGUUUCUCACUCUGGUGUGACGAACAACCGGAGAACGCGGCGACUAUAUUCAACCUCGUCUCCAGUCGGCUUGAGUCAUCCAUCACUGAGAACUGCGAGGAAUUGUUCAAGAAAUACAACGUGAAAGAGAACCUUGACAACCUGCACGCUGUCGUGAACGCCGCACGCGCGAGAAGGCAGACAGGCUACGACGGAAGGGACGUAUGGAGAGAGGACCUCCAACCUCGAGGCGCAGUCAGGGCUAGAACCGUGCCCUUACUGGAGAUGGAACGCGACCGCCUUCGCGCGGAGCUGUCCCAGCUCACCGAGGAGAACUCUGAACUGCAAUCGCAGAUGCAUCGCAACGUGCAGGCCAAAGAAGAAGCCGACGCUGAUGCUGCAAAACUCCUUGACGUUUUGGACCGGGCAUUUGCGAAGUGGAGCCAGUUACCCCUCGAGGAAAUGCAGACAUGGGCUCUUACAACUGCUGAAUCUGCGGGGAGCAAGGCCUAGGGACUCCCCGUAGCUACGUGCUAUAUAUGCUGUGUAAAAGAGUGUUGUACUUGUACCCUUGAUGACGUGAAUCUUGU